AUAAAGAUUCAUUCGUCAUUACUUACUCUCGUACGUGGUGAACUUGGAAAAAGUGAAACCAGUACGUACAGAUGAAACAAGAAGCAAACCCGUGAGUGAUUGCCAACAUAUUCACACAACAAGUUCAACAACAAGGACUCAUCACAAUAAACAGGGCAAAGAAAGUUCCGAAAAGGUCGUCCAUAAUUAUCGUCUUUUGCAUACCAUUUGGCUCUGCUCCAUUUAAAGAACCUUGACCUUUUUCUUGCCUGGUCCCCCGUGUGUUAUUGAUGCUAUUCCCUUUAAUUUCCCUCUCCUUCUCUUCCAUUAUCACCAACAUAUUCGACACAGAACAAAAGGAUUUGAAGAAGAUCGAAUUAAUAUGUCUAGCCUGUGGUGCUCGUUGUGGAUAAACACACUAUGUCUACUGUUCAAAUUUGCGGUUUCAAGGCGUGAACUUGUACCAACACCGCCAUUGCCAGUUCUUCCACUUCCAGCAUUUUCCCAGUUGAAAUGGCAGCAAAGGGAGCUCAUAAUGUUCCUCCACUUCGGAGUUAACACGUUCACCGACUCCGAAUGGGGCACCGGGCACGAAAACCCGGCUAUAUUCGACCCCGUUGGGCUCGACGCAAACCAGUGGGUAAGCGCGGCUGUGGAUGCAGGAAUUUCUCUGGUUAUCCUGACUGCAAAACACCAUGAUGGGUUUUGCCUGUGGCCUUCCAAGUACACUCGCCAUUCUGUUGCCAGUAGCCCUUGGAAAAAUGGCAACGGCGACGUCGUUCAAGAGCUUGUCGAUGCGGCCAAGGCCCGUGGCAUCGACGUGGGGCUCUACCUCUCACCGUGGGAUCGGCACGAUCGGAGAUAUGGCCGUGAUUUGCCGUACAAUGAAUACUACUUGGCCCAACUACAAGAGCUACUCCACAAGUAUGGUAGUGUUAGGGAAAUUUGGUUCGAUGGAGCGAAGGGUUCCAAUGCACCAAACAUGUCGUAUUACUUUACGGAUUGGUUCGCUAUGGUGAAGGAGUUACAGGCUUCCAUUAACAUAUUUUCCGACGCCGGUCCGGACGUCAGGUGGGUUGGAGACGAGAAAGGGUCUGCCGGGAGCACGUGCUGGUCCACGGUUAAUCGGACCGCGCUAUCAAUCGGAAAUGCAACCAUUGUUGACUAUCUUAACACUGGCGAUCCGAAAGGGACAGACUGGCUGCCUCCUGAAUGCGACGUUUCGAUCCGUGCCGGAUGGUUUUGGCAUAAGUCAGAGUCCCCAAAGAAGCUAAGUGAGCUACUGGAGAUAUACUAUAAUUCUGUGGGGCGAAAUUGUUUGCUACUACUAAACGUGCCCCCUAAUUCAAAUGGCCUUAUUUCUGAAUCCGAUGUCCAUAGAUUAAGAGAAUUCAGGGCUGCAAUUGACACGAUUUUUUCCACCAAUUUGGCUGAAAAUUGCUUUAUAAAAGCUAGCAGCCAAAGAGGGGGCAAAGGGGGCGGUUUCGGGCCUGAAAAUGUGCUCGACGGUGACCAUCUAUGGACGUAUUGGGUACCAAGGGAUGAGAGUGAAGAGGAGCAUUGGAUUGAAAUUAGAGGGGUCGGUGAAGGGCUGACAUUUAAUGUGAUUAGGAUUCAAGAAGCGAUCGGACUCGGUCAGAGAAUCAAACGGCACGAAAUUUACGUGGAUGGUAAGUGCGUCGCCAAAGGGACCACAGUGGGUUACAAGAGGCUUCACAGGCUUCAGGGAGGCAUGGUGGAGGGCCAAGUUGUGAGGAUAAGAAUUAGGGAAUCAAAGGGAGUGCCAUUGAUCUCUUCCAUUGGCCUGCAUCUUGACCCCUUCUGGCACCCAAAAGGGCAGCAAUUAACCUAAAUUGAAAACCAGUGCGUUUUAAGUACGUACCCAAAAGAAUAAAGGUACCUUAGCUCGUCUUCUUUCCUAAAGUGCAUCUUUUUGGGUGCCCAAUGCCCAUGCUCUUGUGAUGGAGCAAUAUUGUCGUAUGCUAAAAAGAUAGACAGAAGUCACAGAAUAAAAGUAACUAAAGUCCACAAUACUGUUCUGUAGGUAUGGACCAUACGAAAAUGUAGGGCUUUUUAUUUGUAAUUUCUUUUCAAUUUCCCCCAAUCCAUUAAUCCAAAGUUGUCGUAUCUCGAUCAGUAAAUAAACUGCUUUUUUCACCCUCA